CUAUUUUAUCCGGUAAAAAAACCCCCUUUAGCCCAAAACUUCUUCAAUUUUGUUUUUGAUUUGGUUCUCGGGUUUCACAUGUGAUGUUUCAAUCUCGAUGGUGGAUGCUGGAAAUUAAAAAACGAAGAAGCAGAUACCUGCCAUUUUCCAUCUCUCCCAAACUCUCUCUAGUCUCUCUAGGUGUACACCACCUUAAAUCACCCAUUCCACCACCACUCUACCACCAUACAACCUCCCAAACACCACCCUCACAUCCCUUUUCCCUUUCCCCUCACUGUUGCUGCAAAGAAAAAGGGAUGGAAGCUCAAACCCGUCCCCUCCUGCCACCUUCAAACGUCCACUGCACCACACUUUCUCCACUAAUAAACCAUCCCCCUCUCGUCGGAACUGCCAACAGAAAGAAGAAACGAAGGCAUCAACACCAAACUGCCACCUCCGUCACCUCCCAUGUCGCAGCUCCAAAUUAACCACCGCCAUCACCGCCUCUUGCUUCUGCUACUCCACCCCGUAAGUCCCUCCACACUCCGUGCAUCGAAGCCCAAUAGAAAUAAGCCAGAAAAGGCGGCAGAAGACCACCGGAGUGGCCUCUUGCCACCCUCGCUGCCGCUGCUGCUAACAGCCGACCACCACCGCCAGUUUGUAUCUCCGCCAUCGUUUGUGAGGUUUGAGACGAAGGAGAUGAUGAACAGUGGGCUCUGUGAGGGUGUUGGUCUCCGGUUCUGUGAUUUUUUUUUAUUCUUUUCUUUCUUCUUCAUCCAAAACCACAAGGAAAACAAAUAUCCUUCUCUUCUUUUAUGUGGUUCUCGGCAAAACAGAAUGGAGGAGGUGAGCUGGGUUUCGGUUAAUGGUGAGGUUUUACUCAAGUUUUGUAGAUCUAGGGAUAAGGCUGAAGUGCCAAUUUUUGAAGACUUCACCGAUUUGGGUAUGUCACCUCAGGAUGAAAGUGAGAUUUGUUUGUACUCAAAUGUCGAGAUCGAACUUGUUCGAUCAUCUAGGAAGUUUCUCAAUGGUUCUGUCUUCAGAGUUUGUGGUACCAAAAUAAAAUUUGAUUUCUUAUCCCCAACAUGGAUUUGA